AUGGCAAAUUUCGGUCGCCAACUUACGACUGCCUCUCCAGUGCUUGCAAUUUCACCACGACCAUUUUUUCAGACACAGCUCUCUGCAGGAACCUUCGGGCGCCACCAUCCACCACCAAUGUCAUUUAGCAGUGCGUCCCCGGCUUUGGCAAACCCGGCUCGGUCUGCAGGACGCAAGCGGUCGCGUGAUGAGGCAUCGGUUAACCUCGAGCCCGACUCGCGAGACCCCGUCACUAGGGAUUCCCGUGAAGAAUGGGUGUAUGGCGAGGGCAUGGUUCUGAUUAAGCCUGGCAAGGGCUACGUUGCGGAUGCCUCCAGCCAAUCUGGCACAUGGGUAGAAGAAAAGAACAACAAUGAACCUGACACGAGACGCGAAAUCGAAGCCACCCAAACUGAAAUACGGAACCACAAGUCACAACGGCUAGACCAUAACCCGGGCAGGGCAUCCCUCGACGGCAAUUCCACCUCACCCGUCUUCCAGACUUCAGGCCACCAAGGCCAUAAUGGCAACGACACAUUGGUGAUCGACAACUUCACCGUUCAUCUUGGUAUCGGCUGGAGAAAGUUAAGCACCGAGGAGCAUAUCCAAGCAGCAGCACGAGGCUGGGCAAAGUUCAUUGAAAAAAGCUUCGGGCUACUAAACGUUAGCAUCUGUCUAGAGAGUAAAGGCCUCCAAUCCUACCUCGUCGAAGCUGCGGACGGGUACUACCUUUUCACCGAGAACUUACGUCACGGUCGACUCGUCAGUCGGACAGUUGAGGGAGCACUUCAAAAUUUACAGGUAUCUCCGCCAAGUUUUGAGGGCCCAGAACUCGGUCUUACCGCAGCAGGGGACAGACAUAGCAAUGUCUUGCCAGACUCGGCCAUGGUAAUAGAUUAG